CGUUCUUACAGCAGUGCCCAGGAGGUGAGAAUCGCAUCAGCCAACAAUUAGUUUAGAGAAAAACGGUAGGCCGUCUUACAGGGGUGCAAUACUGACAUUAAAUCGCUCAACAGAAGGCGGGAUUUUCGAGACUGGAUUGAGCAGCCGGUUUUUCUGUAAAUAUUUGUUCGGAAUUUUGAGAGUUAAUCAGCUUAAGAUAUAAUAAUAUUUCCACUAGCUUCUGGUCUUCAGAAUGGUUUUACCACAAUGAUAUUGAUGGUCAGCUGUUAUAUUUGAUCCCCGAAAGGAUCAUGACACCUUCGGUAUGCACUCAGGCGAAACCUUCACUAUCUGUUCGUACACGUGCUCUAACAAACAAAUAUCACACAAAGUUAGCAGGCAAACGUGCAUUGUUAUCUGCCUCCAUCGAUCAACGACUACGUCAUCGAAACAGAAGUGUAGAAAGAAGUCAUCUGAGGCGUUGUCACGUUUUCUUAAACAGUGAUAACUGUCUGUCUGACGUCAAACCACCCAUAGGAGAAAGUAGUCUUUGUGACCAAUCUGUGAUCAAUUCAGCUCAAGAUACCUCCUCAUCUUCCGUUUCUUCUACUUCUUCGGGAUCAAAUGGGCGGUCUGUUUGUCGAUGGAAAGAUUGCGAGUGCUCUGACAUUGAACGCACUCAGUUAGUUAACCAUAUUCAACAGAUGCAUGUGCUUCCACAGCUGUCCAGUCGACGUAGGCAUUUUUGUUGCUUAUGGCAAGAUUGUCGGGUAUUUGGACGACCCAGCGUCUCAGCUGCCUGGCUGGAACAACAUAUCCUUCAUCACACAGAUGCCAAAGGGAAACCGUUCAGGUGUAUUUUCGAUUCGUGUGUAUUACGAUUCUCUACGUCCACACUGUUAGAACGUCAUGUUCAGCGAACACACAUGCGCACUAACCGUAGUAAAAGUGAUACUUUUAGUGAGUUGUCAAUAACAGAUAAGACUAUCUGUCAGCCACAGUCAGACGUCAACAUUUCUCAAAAUUCAACAAAGCAGCAGACUUCAUUAACGGUCAGAAAAAAUUUACGCAGACGUAAGAAAGCGCGAACAUACCGAGUUCGCCGUGUUGAUUUUUAUGAUCGUAGAAGUCAGAUGCUUAUAAAAAAUAAAUUGAGAAUUUCCUAUCUCCUUAACAAAUACCUUACAACUGAGUGUGAUAAAGAGCGGGCUGAUAUUUUACCUCUGGAAUUGUGCAACUUACCGACUAGAUUCUGUGAAAAGUUUGUAAAGCCCAGCCCACUCACUUCUGUUAAUUCAACACAGCAUCCGUCUAAUAAGAAAGAAUCUUCUAUAUCGCCAUUACCAGAAGCUACUGAAGAAGUUCGCCAACACAUAUCAAUGCUAUUAACAACUCCUCAUAUAUUUGUCGGACAACGCUUAUCUCAGGAUGAUCGGUAUGAAUACCUUAUCCGUUGGGUCGAUGGAUAUGGUAGCGGUAUCACUCCAACCACUUGGAUUUCUGAAGCUGAAUUACAGUUAGCAGCUCACUUGCAAAAACAUUUGUAAUUGGUGUGCAAUACCUUUUUCAUUGGCUGAUGAAUGGCUGCAUUUUGCUGCGAAAUAUUAUAUAUAUAUAUAUAUAUCGCAGCAAGAAUAUGGGCUUUCGAUCUUGUCUGCCUCUGUACUCCUCACCUAAAAUAUUGGAUUCAGCUGUGAAACAAAAAACUGUUUUUGUUUAUCUUUUUUUUUAAAUGUUUGACUUGAUUUAUGAAUUUUUACUUGUUAGUGUUUAUUAUUUAAUUUAUUUAUGUUACAUUUGCUUUUUUUCUUGUUUUUUGUUUUGUUUUGUUUGUUUUGCUCAAUUUAUUUGACUACUUAUCAUUUGUUUUGCUUCACUUCCUCUCUCUAUAUAUAUUUACAUAUUAUGCAUAUUCGUGAUGUUAGGAUUUUCUCAAAAAUAGGCGUUCUUUAAUUGGUUAUUUAUUUAGUUAGUUAGUUAAUAAACAACGUUACGUAACAUAAUUCUCCUGACUUUUUGUUCACAUCAUUUAUUCAUAUCAGGUGAUU